AUGUAUUAUAAAUAAAAAUACUUCUUUUCUUUUUUGAAAUUCAAUCCAAAUAAGAACUAUUAUCAAACCCUUAAUCUCACAAAUAGAGCAACUUAAGAUGAAAUUAAGAGUGCUUUUUAUACUCUGGCUAAAUUAUAUCAUCCUGAUAAGAAUCCAAAUUCAAUUGAUUAAUUUAAAGCAAUCAAUGAAGCUUAUGAAGUACUCAAAAAUCCUACUACAAAAAAGGAUUAUGAUUAAAUUUAAAUAAACCCUGUAAAGUAUUAGAAGUAGCAAUAUGAGAGAAAAUAUUAUUAAUAGAGUUGUAAUAAAAUAUUGGAUUUUUAGCUUAUUAGGAAUAUAACCAAAAUCAAGAAUAAUUUAGAAAAUCAUAUGAGGAAUAUCAAAAACAAUAAGCAUUUAAAUAAUAUCACUUUUACUCACGUACAGGAUAUGAUUAUUAAGAUCCUUUCAAAGAUUAUAGUAAAUAUAUGAGAGAUGAAUAAUAUGUAAUUCUUAUUCAAUAAUAACUCUUUAGGAUAAUUAUUCUAAUAGAAAUCCAGCUCCAAGAUAUUUAAUAAUAUUUAUGAUGACAACAUCAGCUUUUUUAAUUUUUGAAUUACUUGAUCUAUUUGCUAAUAAUAAGAAAGUCAUUUUGACUGAUUAAAUAACAGGAUAAUAAUAUAUAACAACAAGACAAGAAUUGAGAAAUAAAUCAUAUAUUAACAGAGAAUAGUAGGAAUUUGAAAGAAGAAAAACAGAGUAUAAAAUCAUGUAAUAGGAAGAAAUAAGAAGAAUUCGAUAAAGAAAAUUCGAAUAAAUAAUUGAAAAAUGA